AUGCGGGAAAUUCGGCGCUGCGGAGGGACUUCAUCCGGCUGCAGCAGGAGAACAAGGGCGCUUCCGGGCGCUGGCGUAACAGCUCCUGCAGGAGCAGCAGCUCGCGAGCAGGAGGUGGCGCCAACUACUGGCCGAGCGCCAGGCGCAUCGAGCAGCAGAAGGAGCAGAGGCUGGAGCAACAUGGCGGGAGGUGCGGCCCGGCAGCGGGCGCGACAGGGAGGCGCGAGCAGGAAGGAGGCGGUGAUGUGGAGGUUGCCUUAUGGAGGCGCAAGGAGGAGGAGGACCGGCCGCCGCGCAGAGGAGAAGGAAGAGAAGAGCCUACAGGCAGGGCAGGAGUAUAUCACGUCGGCAGCUGGAGGAAGGAGCAGAGGCAUCUGGAGAUUCACAAAGCAACUUCUACGACAGGCCAUGCUACUGGAGAGUAAGUGGCGUGAGCUGGAAGAGCAGCGGCAGGCUGAGAGGCUGCAGAGGCAGGUCCAGGAGGAACAGGCCUACCUGCUCACCCUGCAACAACAGCAGCUCCCAUUGGACAGGAACAGGACCACCCUGCAGCAUCUUCAGCAGCCAUUGGACAAGAGCAAUAAUAGAUUACUGAAUUCUCAACAGCCACUGGACAAGAAUGACAGCAGAUUACAGAAUUCUCAACAGCCAUUGGACAAUAAUGACAGCAGAUUACAGAAUUCUCAACAGCCAUUGGACAGAGUUGCACAAAAAGCUCACCAGCCAAGCAGGAGACUCCCUGCUCCACCUCCCCCACCGGACAGACAUAAACUGCUCUCACACAUGCCCAAUGGACCCCUAUCAGAGAUGAGUCAACAACAACAACUGCAACAAAAACAACAGCAACAAUUACAUAAUCAUCAACAGUCACAUCAACAGCCACCUCAUGUUUGUCAGCAAGUAUUACCUCAGAACAGCCAUUUCCUGCCUCUGUCAAGGCCCGCCCUUUCAUCUCCUCCUGCCAAUCCAGACAGCGCCAAGGACCCACCCCACCAAGAUCCACCAACCACAGGCCCUGUGCUGGACUGUGUGGAAUUCAGUGAGCCAAUAGUAGAGGAUGAGCGCUACAGGAAGAAUGUCCAGGGCUCUCCUCAGGCUGCCCCGACCAAACAGGCUCCGCCUGCCGUGCCGCCCCGAGCCGACGCCCACGCCAACGGCAGCGCCCCCGACAACCAAGCCAUGCACCGGCCCGGCGAGCCACAGGUCCCAGUGCGGACCAGCUCCAGAUCCCCCCUCCAUGGCAACCUGGUGCCUGGCAACCUGGCGCCUAGCAACCAGGCAGCACACAGAGGUGCCCCCAGUAACUCUGAGCAGCGGUUGCUAUGGGAACGCGUGGAGCGGUUGGGCAGUGGAAGUUCCUCUGGGUCCACUAGCAGUACAGACCAACAGAGGCCACGGAGUGAAGGGGUCAUGCAUGCAACUCCUUGA